AUGGCAGUAUCCAGACUUGCUCUUGAGCAGGAAAGGAGUCGCACUGCUUUGCACUGCCAAUAUGACUAUUCAUAUGAGAACCAAAGAGCUACAACUCAAUAUCACUCUUCAGUACGUCCAACCGUCAACACAACCAUGAAAGCCUUCAUCGCGGUGCUGUGCCUGGUGGCUUGUGCGGCGGGCGGGAGCGUGCGCGAGAAGCGCGGCUUCCUCGGCGGGCUGCACUCCGUGGGCGGCGGCUACUCCGGCUACGGCGGUGUCUCUGCCUUAGGCGGCAUCUCUGACAUAGGCGGCUACUCCGCGCCCGCGGCUCAAGUGGUCUCCGUCAACAAGGUCGUCAACGUGCCCAGAGUUGUGAGCGUCCCACAAGUAGUCAGAGUAAACAAGGUCGUCUCUGUGCCCCAAGUUGUGUCCGUUAACAAAGUAGUAUCCGUCCCCAGCUACUCUGUCGGUUACAACGGUGGAUACGGCGGUGGAUACGGUGGUGGAUUAGGCGGCGGUUUAGGAAGCGGGUACGGCUACUCCGCCGGUGGUUACUCCAGUGGCUGGUGGUGA